AUGGUCGCCUUCGACAAGUGUGAAACCCGGCCGCCUCAUAUCGAUGUCAUCCUCAAUGGCCUCGACCGCUACAACCCCGAGACUACCACCGUCUUCCAGGACUACGUGGCACAGCAGUGCGAGGACCGGACAUUCGACUGCUACGCCAACCUGGCCUUGUUGAAGCUCUACCAGUUCAACCCCCACCUCCUCCAGGCCGACACCGUCACCAAUGUCCUGACCAAGGCCCUGACCGUGUUCCCCUCUCCCGCCUUCUCUCUCUGCCUCGCCCUGCUCCCCGCCCACAGCCAGCCCUUCCCCAAGGCCAACGCCCAGGCGGUCUCCCAGAACAACGACUUCGUCGAGUCUGUGCAGAAGCUCUCCCAACUCUCCACCCUCCUCGAGUCCGCGCAAUACACCCAGUUCUGGUCCACCCUCAACUCGGAUGACCUGUACGCCGACCUGACCGCCGACGUCGCCGGCUUCGAGGAGCUCAUCCGUAUCCGCAUCGCCAUCGAGGUUGGCAAGGCCUUCCGUACCGUCUCCGCCGAGACUCUCGAAGCCUGGUUGGACGUGCGCAGCCGCGACGCACUCGAGAAGUUCGUCGCCGAUGUCUGCGGCUGGAAGGUCGAGAACGGUGUCGUCUGCGUGCCCACCAACAAGGAGAACGAGGCCCGCAGCGAAGUCAAGAGCGAGCGCGUCGGUGUCGACAUGUUCGGUCGUGUCAUCCGUCGUGGCUUCGAGCUGCCCCUAUAA